CUAGCCAUUUUCUCUAAGGACCCUCCUACUGGCUUCUUCCGAGAUGGAUUCUGCAGAACUGGGCCCGAAGACUCUGGCAAUCACAGCAUUGCAGCAACAAUGACCUCAGAAUUUCUCGACUUCACCGCAUCCAAGGGCAACAAUCUCAAAGACGUAGGUGUAAUGCCAGGACAAAAGUGGUGUCUUUGUGCAUCAAGAUGGCAAGAGGCAAUGAAAGCGGCACAAGAGGGGCAAUUGAGCAAGGAAGCGGUUCCCAAAGUCAACCUGUCCGCAACGCACGAAGCAGCCCUAAGCCAAGUCAGCUAUAAGGAUCUCAGGAGCUUUGCGGCAGAAGGCGAG